AUGGAAUCUUCAAACCAAUCUCCCGGCAUCAGGACCCGGAUUCUGAUCAUAUCAGACACCCACGGCGCCGACUCCCUCCCAGGAUCCAAACCCCUCCCCCCAGUCGACGUCGCAAUCCACUGCGGCGACCUGACCGAGGAGUCCAAACUAGCAGAGUACCAAGCGACCAUAAACCUAAUGAACAAAAUCACGGCGCCCCUCAAGAUCGUCAUCGCAGGAAACCACGACUUCACCCUCGACACCCCCGUCUUCCGCCGCAAAAUCGCAGAAAUCCCGCCCCCGGUCGACACGGCCGUCCUCCACAGAGAAUACGGCGCCCCCUCCCAGGCCCGCCAACUCCUCCUCGACGCCGCCGCGCAGCACAACAUCACGUUCCUCGACCGGGAAGGCACCCACCGCUUCGUCCUCCCCUCCAACAACGCCCGUCUCACCCUCUACGCGAGCCCCUUCACGCCGGGCGCCGAGGACUGGGCCUUCCAGUACGACCGCGCCGACGGGCACGCGUGGGAUUUGACGCAGGACGUGGACGUCGUCGUCACCCACGGCCCGCCGCGGGGGAUCUUCGACCGCACCGCCUCCGCGGAACGCAUCGGGUGCGCCGGGCUCUUCGCCGCGGUCAGCCGGGCCAGGCCGCGCCUGCACUGCUUCGGCCACGUCCACCGGGGCUGGGGCGCGAGGGUAGUGCGCUGGCGGCGCAGCAGGGCCGCGUCAGACGCUGCUGCUGCGGACGCCUCCUCCUCCCCUUCGGCAGCGGCGGCGCCGGCCGCCGCGGAUCACUUCACGGACAUCGACCACGAGCGGAGCGUCGUCGUCGAGGACUUGGCGAGGUUGAGCGCGGGGCGGUACGAUUCGCCCGAGGUUGUCCGGGAGAAGGAAGCCAAGAGGCGCGCGGGUUUCGAGAGGGGUUACGCGUCGACCUCGCACUGCGCCGGCGACGAGCGUCCGCUGAGGGCCGGCGAGGAGACGUUGUUCGUGAACGCCGCCAUCAAGGGCGACGACGGCGACGGCGACCAACACCUAUCGUGGAUCGUCGACAUCGAGCUUCCGGAGGCUUGA